AUGAAAGAAGAUGCUAGCCUAUAUGGAAUUGACGCCAGAGAGCUAAGUCUGGUCCCUGAUUUAGUGUUGCCGCCGAAGUUCAAAGUUCCAGAUUUCGAGAAAUUUGAUGGCACCAGUUGUCCUUCUGCACACGUUACCAUGUUUUGCAGAAAAAUGACAGGCUAUGUGGGAAACGAUCAGUUAUUAAUUCAUUGUUUUCAAGAAAGCCUGGCAGGAUCAGCAAUUCGUUGGUACAAUCAGCUAAGUCGGGCUAAUAUUAAAUCCUGGAAGGAUUUAGCUAAGGCUUUUCUAGAGCAAUAUAAGCAUAUAAAAGAUGUGAGGCCAAACCGAAUUCUGUUACAGAGUAUGGAAAAAAGAUCCAACGAGAGCUUCAGGCAGUAUGCCCAAAGGUGGAGAGAUGUGGCUGUGCAAGUUCAUCCACCAUUAGAGGAGGAAGAAACUAAUAUGUUCUUUGUAAAUACUCUGAGGGCCCCUUUCUUUGGACAUCUUAUUGGAAAUUCGUCCAAGAAUUUUGCUGAUAUAGUUAAUGCAGGAGAAAUGAUUGAGAUGGCGAUCAAAAGCGGGAAACUAGACGGGGAGAAUCUAGCCGAAAGCCUCCAGCAAGAAGGAAGGAUAAUGAGCGAGCAGCCCAAUGUGGCUCAGAACCCACUGCCGAACCAUGCAGGGACAGGGGUUAAUGCUGUUAUUGAAGAAAAAGGGAACGAAAUCAUUACCAAAGUCAAAGAAGUGAAGUCACCCAUGCAUUGGGUAUGGGGGCAAAUGGUCAAAAUAGGCUGGUUGACCUUUAAUGCUAACGAAAAUAAGCAUGCUUGCCCCUACCACCGUUGCGAGGAUCAUGUCAUUCAAAGUUGUGAUGAGUUUAAGGCUUUGGUUCAAAGGCUGAUGGAUAGUAAAGAUAUGGAAUUUUACCAUAAAGCUAAGAAAGAGAAAGAGAUUGAGAUUUGCGCUUCCGAAGACACAUCUAAGGGAGACAACAAGCAGGUCCCUUGGAGGUAUGGAUGCCAAUUAAAGAAUGUUGAGAGUUCAGAGGCUGCUAAGGAAGAAGUGGACGAGGUAGGCCAUUUCACCAGAAGUGGGAGAUGUUAUUCUCCCAACCAUACCAGUGAACCCGAGAAAAGAACGAUCGUUGAUAAAGGAAAAAGGGUUGAGAUAUUAUUGAAAAAUGAUGAGCCAACAAUUAAUGAGCAUGUAACCGAGAAUGAUGCUGUAGAGUUUUUAAAAUUCUUGAAACAUAGCGAAUAUAGCAUUGUUGAACAAUUACACAAAUUGCCAGCUCGUAUCUCAAUCCUAGCUUUACUAUUAAGCUCUGAGGCACAUCGAAACGCCUUGUUGAAAAUCUUGAAUCAGACCUUCGUACCGAAAGAUGUACCAGUGGAAAAAAUAGACCGACUGGUUGCAAAUAUUCAGGCGGAUAACUUCAUCUCUUUCUCUGAUGAUGAGAUCCCGUCCGGAAUGAUGGGCAAUCCCAAAGCCCUGCACAUUACCAUCCAAUGCAAGGGACAUGUGUUAUCGCGAGUACUAAUUGACAACGGCUCUGCCCUGAAUGUGAUGCCAUUAGUAACCUUGAAGAAAUUACCAGUCGAUAGUACACACAUGAGAAAUUGCCAAAGCAUCGUUCGAGCUUUCGACGGAACAAAGAAGGAGGUGCUAGGGAAGAUUGAUAUUCCUUUAACCAUAGGCCCAUCAACAUACGAGGUUGAAUUCCUUGUAAUGGAUAUAAUGCCCUCCUAUAACUGCUUGUUAGGAAGGCCAUGGAUCCACCAGGCAGGAGUCGUUCCAUCUACUCUGCAUCAGAAACUCAAAUUUGUAAUUGAGGGGAGAUUGGUAUGCCUUAAUGCCGAGGAAGAUAUCAUUGCUUCCAUAUCUACUACCGCUCCAUAUGUUGAAGUAGAUGAAGAUGUAGUCGAGUGCUCUUUCAGAGCCCUGGAAUUUAUUAAUGCCACAUUUGUUGCUGAAAGAAAGAAAAUUCCAAAGCCUAGGCUAUCAAAUUAUACCAAAAUGGGACUGAAAAUGACCCUGGGAAGAGGAGCCAAGGUUGGAAGAGGGCUAGGGAGUCGCUUACAGGGGAAUAUUAGUCCAAUUUUUCCCGGUUUUAAGCUAGAUCGUUUUGGUCUAGGAUAUCACCCGACCUUAAAGGAAAAAUUGAAAAAUGUUCAAAAGAGCCAGGAAAAGAGAGCCAGGACCUCCGGUAUCAAUAGUAUAAAUGCUGAUGACUUUGACCCGAAGAUAGAUUUCGAGCUGCCCAUAUGUCAAGGGGAAGUUGAAGGUUAUGAUAGUGAUGAGGGAAGUGACUUACCUUCUGAACUACUAAAAAUGGUAGAGAGAGAAGAUAAACAAAUUCUGCCUCAUGAAGAGCCCAUUGAGAUCUUGAAUCUGGGAUCAGAGGAAGAUAAAAAGGAGAUAAAAAUUGGCACCAUCAUAUCUACUGAGGGACGAAAAAGUCUGAUUAUGCUGCUCCAAGACUACAAAGAUGUGUUUGCUUGGUCGUAUGAGGACAUGCCAGGUUUAGACACUGAGUUAGUGGUACAUAAAUUGCCAAUAAAGCCUGAAUGUAAACCGGUACAACAAAAGCUCAGAAGGAUGCGACCUGAAAUGUUGCUUAAAAUUAAAGAAGAAGUAAAGAAGCAAUUCGAUGCUGGGUUCCUAAAAGUAGCCAAGUAUCCGGAAUGGGUAGCGAAUGUUGUUCCAGUACCAAAAAAAGAUGGAAAAGUUCGUAUGUGUGUCGACUACAGAGAUCUUAAUCGAGCCAGUCCGAAAGAUAAUUUCCCUUUGCCACACAUAGACACCCUGGUGGAUAAUACGGCUGGAAAUUUUCUAUUUUCAUUUAUGGAUGGGUUUUCAGGUUACAAUCAAAUAAAGAUGCAUCCAGAUGAUAUGGAAAAGACUACAUUUAUCACCAUGUGGGGCACGUUCUGUUACAAGGUGAUGCCGUUUGGGCUGAAGAAUGCAGGGGCAACCUAUCAAAGGGCCAUGGUAACACUAUUCCAUGACAUGAUGCAUAAGGAAAUAGAGGUCUACGUUGAUGAUAUGAUUGUUAAAGCUAAAACGGAGGAAGAACACAUCGAGAAUCUGAGGAAACUCUUCCAAAGAUUAAGGAAAUGCCAGUUAAAACUCAAUCCAAGCAAGUGUACCUUCGGGGUAACAUCGGGAAAACUCUUGGGGUUUGUAGUAAGCAAAAAAGGGAUUGAAGUGGAUCCUGACAAGGUUAAAGCUAUUCAGAAUUUACCACCCCCACAAACACAAAAAGAAGUUCGAGGAUUCCUGGGAAGAUUAAACUAUAUUGCCCGAUUUAUUUCGCAAUUAACCGAGAAGUGUGACCCUAUUUUUCGCCUUCUCUGUAAAAAUAACCCAGGAGUAUGGAAUGAUGAUUGCCAAGGAGCUUUUGAAGCAAUAAAAGGAUAUUUAUCGAAUGCUCCAGUCUUAAUGCCACCAAUAUCAGGCAAACCAUUAAUCCUCUACUUGUCAAUCUUUGAGAAUUCAAUGGGGUGUGUAUUAGGGCAACAUGAUCAAAGAAAAAGAGAAAGAGCAAUCUAUUACCUCAGCAAAAAGUUCACUGAUUGUGAGGUAAGGUACUCGUCAAUAGAAAAGUUGUGUUGUGCUUUAGUUUGGACUACCCGAAGGCUCAGGCAGUAUAUGUUGUAUCACACUACUUGGCUGAUAUCUAAACUUGAUCCUCUGAAAUAUCUAAUGGGUGUACCUGCUUUAUCUGGAAGAUUGGCUCGUUGGCAAAUCUUAUUGUCUGAAUUUGAUAUCCAAUAUGUAAGCCAAAAAGCAGUUAAAGGAAGUGUUGUGGCCGAUUUCAUUGCAAGUAGGGCUUCUGAAGAGUAUGAACCACUGAACUUUGAUUUUCCAGACGAAGAUUUAAUGGUUAUUUCAAAUGAGGAGGUAGUUUCCUCUAAUAAUGAACAGUGGAAGAUGAAUUUCGAUGGUGCCUCGAAUGCCUUGGGGCACGGGAUUGGGGCAAUUCUCGUCUCACCUGGUGGAAAACACUAUCCUUUCACCAGCCGAUUGAAUUUUGAUUGCACAAAUAACAUGGCCGAGUAUGAAGCAUGUAUUCUGGGUCUUAGAGCAGCCAUUGAGCGUAAAGUGAAAACACUCAAAGUAUACGGGGAUUCAGCACUGGUAAUUUAUCAACUCAGAGGUGAAUGGGAAACAAAGGAUACGAAGUUGGUGGAAUACCGUAAGUUGGUCCUAGAGCUCAUUAAAGAAUUCGAGAGAGUGACAUUCCAUUACCUUCCCAGAGAAGAGAAUCAAAUGGCGGAUGCUCUGGCCACUUUGUACAUGCAAAGCAAACAAAGGGUUGCUAAUUUCAUUGACAGAAUAGAGGAGCCGAAGAAGGAUUCGGAUAAACUUGUGUGGGAUCAGAUUCAGGUGAGGAGUCCAUCGGGUAACCCGCUUGUUCAUGGGUCGUCUUCCAGACCCGUUCCGAGGCUUCUCACGUGGGUUGCUAGAGAGGCGGCGACAUGA